GUCUAUAACGUAUAUAGGUUGCUAUUCUGUGUUUAGUUCUUUCUACUUAACCCAACUGUACAACUUAGCUUAAGACAAGCAUUUAUCAUAAAGCAAAAACUAAACUGUUCAUACAAGUGUUAUAUAGAAAAUGUCGCGCAAUUCUGUUGGAAUAGAUCGUGGUUUAAUUACCUCAAGGGAUGGGGUAUUUAAAGGGAUCAUUCUGGUUGUUUCCCUGGUUGGUUGGAUUUUGAUCCUGGCUUCAAACCCCACACAUUUUAUCAUCACACAGAUAGCUACAUAUGUUUCCUUUUCGCUUGGAUUCACAUUUGUGACUAUGCUGAUUAGCCUUUUUAUUUACUUCCUGCAACUCUACAGUUUGCCGCUAUGUAAUAGGGCACCAUGGAAGUUGCUGGAAGUGGUAUACAGCAUUGUGCUGGCUGUGAUUAACUUCAUUGGUAUGUGCAUAGCAGCUGCUGUUGCUGCAAGGCUUAGCAACACUGGACAAAAUGAAAAACAAGGACUAAAUGCUGCAUGUGCUGUGCUGAGUGCCUUUGUGACAGUGAUGUUCCUGAUAUAUGCAUUGAUGGUAUUCCGUGGAGAAGAACCUCGUAGUGUGAAAACAACACACAGUGCAACAAAUGUUCCAACAUAAUGUACUCGUUUUAAAAACAUGGUGAACUCAACAUUUACAACAUAACCUUUGAGAGCCAAAUCAAUUUAGUAUAGUAGGUUGGGGGAAGAUGGGACACCUUUUCAUUCCAUUUUCUUGUUCUAUUUCGAGACUCCCAUAGACUGUUGUUAUUUGUUUAAAAACACGUGAUUUUUUGGGUACUAUGUGCUAAUGGUGUCCCGUCUUUCCCCAUCCUACUAUAUGUUUUAUUGUUUUAAGUGCUUUACUACUCUUUAACAUAUCAGUCUGUAUGCCUUUUUAUUAUCAGGGCCAAUGUGUGUCAUGUAUUCUAGUAUUAAUUAUGUUUACCUGUAUGAACUAAACCAUUUUUUACAAAAAAACAUUUCAAGGUAUCUUAAUGUAAUAACACAACAUUUACAUGAUCUAAAAAAGCACAAAUUAUUGCAUUUUAUUAUAUCAUAUGUUUUUUACUACACAAAUUGUUUGUACACAAAAUAAUGUUUAAAAUUAUGUUAGAUUUUCUGUUCCAAGUUGAUUUUUCUGUACACCUGUGUUCCACAAAUGUUGUACUUUCAUGGAUUGUAAUUGUUUAUUACAACUAAUGUACUUUUACAUGUUUUUAUAAUGACCACAACAUUUUACACAAUAUAGGUACCUGUUUAUUAUACUAUAUAACGCACUUCCCAAUUACCUUUGUAAAUUUACCAACAAACUUGUUACAUUGCUUUAUUAAUAUGAUCAUGCAUCAUGUGGUGUUCAGUCUUUGACCCCAAGUUCACCUAUCGUACACUUAUGUAUUUGCCUGUAAACUGAACAACAUCACGGGUGUUUUUAAAAUUUUGCUUCGGGAGUUCUGUUCAUUAUUUGGAUUGUGUAUCGCAUUACUAAUGUUAUUUACAUUUUCAGUUAAUAUCAGUGCAAAA